AUCUCUGCGUUGAGUUUGCUCCAACCUGAGGAGCAGCCAGCGAGAGAGAGAGCUGUUCGUACUAUGGGAGCUUAAACGGUGGUCGAGGGGGCCAAAAUUCACACACUGAGAGGGUUUCAACGCACUGGGACGAAGAUGAUAUAUACCCACACUGAGGGGCCACGCUUUCGUUAAGGAGUUUACCACGUUAAACCUGAAAAACAGCGAAUAAUAUGCCGAAAACUGAUAACGUUAGUUCCUCAGGUUUUCCAAAUCCCUCAGCGCAACGGACAACAUUAGAAACAACAUCUGUGUUACUGACUCCUGCGGUUAUAAAGGAUGCUUUUCACUCCGAAACCAUCUCCGUUUAGCGUUUCUCCCGUGGACCAUGAACGUUAGCCAGGAAAAGCUCAAGGUUUAAAGGCUUUUAAAGCACACCAGCAGUGUGUUUGGACAGCCAGCUGAAUGUUUACGCUUUAAAAUGGCUGCGGACGGGAUCAAAAUAAGACCGCUGAAUAAUAUGAUGCUUUAAAGCUGGAAAUAUCUCAUCACUCGAGUUAUGGUAAUGCUCUGGAAGGAAAGAUUUUUUUCAGUGUUAUGGGGAAUCAUUUUCCAGCCCUGUAACUGCAGGAGGUAACGUAGGAAAUUCCUGCCCUUGUUCAGAAACACAAUGAGGCGAGACAGAUGAUUUAAUAUGCCUGUGUUUACGCUCGUUUUAUCAUAUCACACUCGGAUCUGGAGGUUUUCAGUUAAGCGUUUGCUUACGCUUUGGGAAACGAUCGCCUAUAUUUAAGGGAUAUUCAUGACCCAUAAGUGAACGGAUCUCCCCCUGCUGUUAUAAUUAAAACAAUCUGGGAACCAGUAAGCAGGGAAGAAGGGCCCUAAGAUAUUGAUACCCAAUUCAACAACAACAGCAGCAGCAUCCCUAAACCAUGAAUGCUGGAAAGAGGAUGCUCAGACCUGAACUGUUUCUGGACAGACCGAGACUGCAGGGCAUGCAGAGAUAUUUCUGGCUGUGUGUGAUGUUCUCCCUGGUGCUGAUUUCAGACGGCUCUCCAUCUAAUCCCUGCGAGAAGAGCUGUCUGUCAGGCAGGUGUGUGAACGGAUCUUGUGUCUGUGAUCGUGGAUGGGUUGGGGACCAGUGUCAACACUGCCAGGGAAGAUUCAAGUUGACUGAGCCGUCUGGGUACCUAACAGAUGGCCCCAUCAACUACAAGUACAAAACCAAGUGCACCUGGCUGAUUGAGGGCUACCCAAACGCAGUCCUGAGGUUACGAUUUAACCAUUUUGCGACCGAAUGUAGCUGGGACCACAUGUACGUCUAUGACGGAGAUUCGAUUUAUGCUCCCUUAGUAGCCGUCUUCAGUGGUCUCAUUGUCCCUGAAGUGAAAGGGAACGAGACCGUCCCUGAAGUGGAGACCAACUCAGGCUACGCACUCCUGCACUUUUUUAGCGACGCUGCCUACAACCUGACAGGAUUUGAAAUCUUCUACUCAAUCAACUCAUGUCCAAAUAACUGCUCUGGCCACGGGAAGUGCACCUCGGGGAACUCGAUAGCGAGCCGUGUGUAUUGUGAAUGCGAUAAGUACUGGAAGGGUGCGGCCUGUGACAUCCCGUACUGCAGGAACAACUGUGGCAGCCCCGAUCACGGCUACUGCGACCUCACUGGGGAAAAGCUCUGCGUGUGCAAUGACAGCUGGCAAGGUCCAGACUGCUCACUAACAGUGCCCUCCACUGAGUCUUACUGGAUCAUGCCUACUGUGAAGCCUUUUGGAGCAUCGCUGGGAAGAGCAUCUCAUAAGGCCGUGGUGCAGGAAAAGAUCAUGUGGGUUGUUGGUGGCUACGUCUUUAACUACAGCAACUUUCAGAUGGUACUAAAUUAUAAUCUGGAAAGUGGCAUCUGGAACACUGUGCCCAUCAGUAGCGGACCCCUGCCGAGAUACGGACACUCCUUGGCACUAUAUCGGAAUGACAUCUACAUGUUUGGCGGCAAGUUGGAGAUGGGUGCCAGUAACGUGACAGAUGAACUGUGGGUGUUUAACAUACCCAAAAUGACGUGGUCGCAGAAGACCCCCAGUGUGCCGGCCCAUGGCCUGGUCUACGCUGUGGAAGGCCACUCUGCCCAUAUAGUAGAGCUGGAGAACGGUGAUGUGGUGAUGGUGGUCAUCUUCGGCUACUCCUCCAUCUACAGCUACAUCAGCAAUGUUCAGGAAUACAACAUCAGGACAAACACAUGGCUAGUGCCAGAGACCAGAGGAGCGAUCGCUCAGGGUGGGUACGGCCACAGCAGCGUGUAUGACAGCAGCAGCAAGAGCGUGUACGUCCACGGGGGCUACAAAUCUCUUCCAGCAAACAAAUACGGCCUUGUGGAUGAUCUUUACCGCUAUGAGGUUCAGACCCGCACAUGGACGAUUCUUAGAGAAAGCGGUUACCCACGUUACCUGCAUUCGUCUGUGCUGCUGGGAGGAACUCUGCUCAUCUUUGGAGGAAAUACCCACAAUGACACCUCUCUUAGCAAUGGAGCCAAAUGCUUCUCUGCUGACUUCCUCGCCUAUGACAUUGCGUGUGACGAGUGGAAGGUCCUUCCCAAACCAAACUUGCACAGAGAUGUGAAUCGCUUUGGACAUACUGCAGUGACCAGUAAUGGGUCCAUGUAUGUGUUCGGGGGUUUCUCCAGCGUCCUUCUGAAUGACGUACUAAUCUACAGGCCACCCAGCUGUGAGGCCUUCCUGGGGCAGGAGCGUUGUGAGGCCGCAGGCCCUGGUGUGCGCUGCAUUUGGAAAGAGAGCUACUGCAUGUCCUGGGAGCCCAGCUUCACUAACAGUGCUACACCUGCUCCUUUCUGCCCUGCCAAAGCUGCCACGGUGGAUGAGAGAUGUUACCGCUUUUCAGACUGCACCAGCUGUACCGCCAACACUAAUGGAUGUCAGUGGUGUGACAGCAAGAAAUGCAUCUCAGCUCUCAGUAACUGCACUGCUACUGUGAAGAAUUUCACCAAAUGUCUAAUCAGAAACGAGCAGAUUUGCAGUAAGAUGGCCAACUGCAAGAGCUGCUCCCUCAACCUCAGCUGCCAAUGGGAUCCUCAACAGCAGGAAUGUCACACCCUUCCUGCUCAGCUGUGUGGAGACGGCUGGAGCAAUGUGGGGGAUGCCUGUCUUCAGAUCAACUCCAGCAGGGAGAGCUAUGACAAUGCUCAGCAUUAUUGCAAGAACCUGGAGGGAAACAUCGCCUCCCUUCCCACAGCCAAGCAGGUGGAUUUUGUGCUGGAGGAACUGCAGAAGUACCAGCAGAAGGGGAAGCAGAAACUGUCCCCAUGGGUUGGCCUGAGGAAGAUCAAUGUGUCAUACUGGGGCUGGGAGGACAUGUCUCCAUUCACUAACACCUCUCUUCAGUGGCUGCCUGGUGAGCCCAAUGACUCAGGCUUCUGUGCUUACCUGGAGAGAGCUCAGGUCUCUGGCCUCAGGGCCAAUCCCUGCACCGCCAACACAGACGGCCUCAUCUGUGAAAAACCAGUCGUGAGCCCGAACCAAAACGCCCGCCCGUGUAAGACGCCCUGCUCUCUGCGUACCUCUUGUGAGAACUGCACCAGCCAGGCCAUGGAGUGCAUGUGGUGUGGAAGCACCAAACGCUGCGUGGACUCCAAUGCCUACGUCAUCUCCUUUCCCUACGGCCAGUGUCUGGAGUGGCAGACAGGAGACUGCUUGUCUCAGAACUGCUCUGGUUUGCGUACAUGUGGUCUGUGUCUGGAGCAGCCUGACUGCGGCUGGUGUGGGGACCCUAGUAACACCGGCCGAGGACAGUGCAUGGAGGGUUCGUAUCGCGGACCCAUGAAGAGCCCCUCAAAACAAAGCCAAGACAUGGUGCUGGAGACGGGGCUGUGCCCAAAAGACAGAGGCUUUGAGUGGGCCUUCAUCCAGUGCCCUGCAUGCCAGUGCAAUGGCCACAGCACGUGUGUGAAUGGCAGCGUGUGUGAGCAGUGUCGUAACCUCACCACUGGGCUUCACUGCGAAACAUGCUUGCCCGGAUACCAUGGAGACCCAACCAACGGCGGAAAGUGUCAAGCCUGUAAAUGUAAUGGCCAUGCCAACGUGUGCCAGGUGCUGACGGGAAAAUGCUUUUGCACCACCAAGGGUAUCAAAGGCGACCAAUGCCAGCUUUGCGAUUCAGAAAACCGUUACCUUGGCAACCCCCUCCGAGGAACCUGUUACUAUAACUUGCUGAUUGAUUACCAGUUCACCUUCAGUCUGCUUCAAGAAGAUGACCAGCACUACACUGCCAUUAACUUCAUGGCCACUCCUGAGCAGACCAGCAAGAACUUGGACAUGUCCAUCAAUGCAUCAAACAACUUCAAUCUGAACAUCACUUGGUCAGUUGGGUCAACAGCUGGGACGAUCUCUGGGGAAGAGAUCCCCAUCGUGUCCAAGACCCACAUUAAAGAGUACAGAGACAGUUUCUCUUGUGAGAAAUUCAGUUUUCACAGCAAUCCCAACAUCACCUUCUACGUAUACGUCAGCAACUUCUCAUGGCCGAUCAAAAUCCAGAUCGCCUUCUCUCAGCACAACAGCAUUAUGGACCUGGUGCAGUUCUUUGUGACAUUUUUCAGCUGUUUUCUGUCACUGUUGCUUGUAGCUGCUGUGGUGUGGAAGAUCAAACAGACCUGUUGGGCCUCCAGGCGACGAGAGCAACUGAUGAGGGAAAGGCAGCAGAUGGCCAGUCGCCCUUUUGCCUCGGUCGCGGUGACACUGGAUGUGGGCGGCACUCAGAUAGAACUGCUUCAGGGCGGAAUCGAGGGACCGCCCAAACCAGUUGCUGUAGAACCCUGUUCAGGGGGUAAAGCAGCGGUACUCACAGUGCUUAUGUGCCUCCCAAGAGGGGCAGCUGGUGUUCCUCCACCCGGCCAGACAGGUAUAGCCAUCGCCAGCGCUCUUAUCGACACGUCCCAGCAGAAGCCCAUGGACUUCAAAGAGAAAAGCCAAGGCAUGAAGAACCGCAAAGCUCUGCCCCACGCUCACCAGGGCACCUGUGUUUGAAUCUGUGGCCUCGGUGGGCUGUCCUUUACCAGAGCGACCUCCUCUCUUGUGCUCCUUCAGGCAGAUGGCAGCCUAGAGUGGCCCCAUGUGAGGGGAUUAUUUAGGCGACAGAGUGCUGUCUGUUUCCACUCCACAUUCACUUUAUCUCUCCACGUCAAUUGAACGUCGUAAAUAGAUCUCAUCCAUUUCCAAUGACCUUGCCAUCACCACCUGCUCAAACUCAAGACAUUACAAGAUCGACUCCAUCCAAACCAAUCGACAGGCUUCUUCUUGAUUCAUCCGACUCUUGACGCAGUUGAGCCUUCAUUUCUGUCUUCUCAAGGCCUUCUGAACAUUGAGGGUCUCUCCCAUCAGCUUUACACCAAGCUCAGAUGUGCCUCUAGCAUGGUUUGUACAUUUUGGACCAGAGUGUCUUGCUAAGCCAGAAGUAGCAUUCUGGUAGUCUCGGGACGGUCGCCGGUUUUGUGUACGGGUUGCUCACAUAUUUGUAUGCUCGCCAACUAGUGUUAUGUUUUUGCUCCGUUUUUAGCUCUUUCGACAUAUUAUUUAAGAGAUGGACUAUAGAAAUGUUUGCCAUGGCAUGGACGCUGCCUGUCAUGUAAGCUAAUGACGUUCUGCUGCUGGUGGCUUCAUGCUUGGUAAAACCCGUGUUAGGAAUGGAUCACAUUCGUUUUUAGCAAGAAAGGUUUCACACAUUUCAUUCUUAUGCUCUUCAUGUGAAGACUUUGCAUGAACCACUCACAUUAUGCUUGAAAUCUUUAAACAGUUUGUGGGUUACGUGUCACACUACGAACGUCUUCACGUCUUGAAAUAUCGCACACCAUUAGCUGCACCGUAAUAUAGUGGAGCCAGCUGGUUCGGGUGAAAUAGAGUAUCAGUUGUAAACCACAGAGAUAAUUCGGACGCUAGUUGAGGGAUGAAAUCGCACCUCGCUGACAUGGCAAAAGAAUUAACGCCAAAAGCCGCAUCGCAACGGGUGUAUAGUAUUGUUAAGGACAUGCUAGGAAACUCUAGGAAAGCUGUUGAUCUUUAUUUUUAAUGUUGUUUUGCAGCGGUACAGAUUUAAAUGAGCAAUGACUCAUAACUUUGCAGUAACGAUUUAUCUCUUUAUAAUGUACUUUUGUAUCCUUAAGUUUCACACAUUGUGAAUUUCAACAAGGAAGAUGAUUUUGAAGAGACCAGCAGGUAAGAGUGUAUUUAGACUGUUCAUACACUCAUGGAUUGAGUCCUCUUAGAGAAGGUUUACCAGGAUUCACCAAACCACUGGAUCUUCUGAAGAUUUCAACCUUGCUCCAACACAUGGCCAGGACCGAGCCUGAGCCCUCCGUGGGUAAAACAGGAUGUCCGGGGGACUUAUGUUCUUCUCUGUGGCAACAGCAAAAAGUGUACAGCAUCCUAAUCACCACUCGUUUGCUUUAGAUGGACUUGAACAUGUGAAUCUAAUGUGAAUCGCUCUUUUCUCUUCAUGUAGCUACUUCAAUGUUUUUGUUUGUAUUUUUUUGCUGGUUUUAAUAAAGGAUAUUAAAAGGUCAAUAGGUAUUUUAGGGCCACCCUCUGUACAUGACGGUGAUGAGAAAUAAUCAUGUCUUUUACAAUGUUUGUCGGAAAAAAAAGAAUUGUUGAAUUGUUUUUGUAACUAAUUGAUUCCUGUGUAAUACCUCUGUGAUUUGAUUCUUAAGUCACUCGUGUUACUAACUCUACUCAUGUUGGUAUCUGUUUUUAAGGUUAGAUGUAAACUGAAGCUGCUCAUCUAGAUUAUUCUGGGCAUUUUUAAACUUACUUUUCAGGUCAUGAUAUGUUAGGAAUUUAGUUUCUGAGCUAUUUUUUUUCUUGAAGUAAGAGAUUGUCAUGCAGGAUUUCUACAGACUGAUUACACAGGAAUCAUCUCACUGUAUCUGAGAAAAAACAUAUUCAUUCAUCCCUCAGUGCAUAUCAUUAAUCUUCAUUGUAUUUUAAAGAUGAAUGGAAAAAUAAAACACUUGAAUAUUCAGAA